AAUUAGGGAAUGGAAGGAUUGGAUGGGUUUAUAGAGAGGCUUUUGGAAGCAAGGAAGAAUAGGGGUAGACGAAUUCAACUGACAGAGUCAGAAAUUCGCACCCUUUGCACCACGGCAAAAGAAGUUUUCCUAAGACAGCCAAAUCUGCUGGAAUUGGAAGCCCCCAUCAACGUUUGCGGCGACAUACACGGCCAAUAUCCAGACCUAUUGCGACUGUUUGAGUACGGUGGGUUUCCGCCGGAUUCCAAUUACCUCUUCCUUGGGGACUACGUGGACAGAGGAAAACAGAGUAUAGAAACAAUAUGCCUCCUACUUGCAUACAAGAUCAAAUUCCCAGAAAACUUUUUCCUUCUCCGAGGAAACCAUGAAUGUGCCUCUAUUAACAGAAUUUAUGGCUUCUACGACGAAUGCAAGCGAAGAUUCAGCGUUCGGCUAUGGAAGAUGUUCACAGAUUGCUUCAACUGUUUGCCCGUAUCUGCAGUGAUUGACGACAAAAUUUUAUGCAUGCACGGAGGUCUUUCCCCUGAGAUGGAGAGUUUGGAUCAGAUAAAGGCUAUAGAGAGGCCAGUGGACGUGCCAGACCAAGGGCUCUUAUGUGACUUGCUUUGGGCUGAUCCUGACAAAGAAAUCAGAGGAUGGGGUGAGAAUGAUAGGGGUGUUUCCUACACUUUUGGCCCAGAUAAGGUCGCCGAGUUCUUGAAGAAACACGAUCUUGAUCUUAUAUGCAGGGCUCAUCAGGUUGUUGAAGAUGGCUACCAAUUCUUCGCAGACAGGCAGUUAGUUACAAUUUUCUCAGCCCCAAACUAUUGUGGAGAGUUCAAUAAUGCCGGUGCUCUCAUGUGCGUCGAUCCAACUUUACUCUGUUCAUUUCAGAUUCUCAAACCCUUCAAAGGAAGAACCACAUAA